AUCGGAAUUAUUGGUGGAACUGGCCUGGAUGAUCCAGAUAUCUUAGAAGGAAGAACAGAAAAAUAUGUUGAUACUCCUUAUGGCAAGCCUUCGGAUGCUUUGAUAUUGGGAAAGAUAAAAAAUGUGGACUGUGUGCUGUUGGCAAGACAUGGAAGGCAUCAUACAAUUAUGCCAUCAAAUGUCAAUUACCGUGCCAAUAUCUGGGCAUUAAAAGAAGAAAAUUGUUCGCAUGUAUUAGUGACUACUGCCUGUGGUUCAUUACGAGAGGAAGUACAACCUGGUGAUCUUGUCAUAAUUGACCAGUUCAUUGACAGGUGA